AUGUUCAGAAGAAUCGCAUCAACCGUCCCCGCUCAGGCUAGCAGAGCCAUGGCUGCUGCCGUCAGACCUUCGAUCGCUCCCUCUUUCCGCGCCGCCGCUCCCGCCAUCUCCGCCGGUAGAAGAAGCUACCACGAGAAAGAUAUGUCCACCCUUCACUCACGGUCGUCUCUGUCACUGCUCGACCACUACAGCAAGCCCAGAAAUGUCGGUAGCAUGCAGAAGGGCGACACCGACGUCGGUACCGGUCUUGUCGGUGCCCCUGCUUGCGGCGAUGUCAUGAAGCUUCAGAUCCGCGUCGACCCCAACGACAACACCAUCAGCGAGGUCAAGUUCAAGACCUUUGGUUGUGGUUCCGCCAUCGCCAGCAGCAGUUACCUCACCGAGCUCGUCAAGGGCAUGACUCUUGAGCAGGCCGGUCGCAUUAAGAACACCGAGAUCGCAAAGGAGCUCUGCCUGCCCCCUGUCAAGCUCCACUGCUCCAUGCUCGCCGAGGAUGCCAUCAAGUCCGCCAUCUCAAACUACUACACCAAGAACCCCAACGCAAGAAAGACCGACCUCGGCGGCACCUCCGCACCUCUCCCCAAGGUUGAGGUCGAGACUGUCUCCGCCUCCGCUUAA